UGUAUUAAAUAAUCAACUCCUUGUCUCCUUGUCUCGUAUUGUUUGCAAGUAUCUUCUUUCUCACUUCUUAAUUCUCACCAUUAAAGGUGCCACAGCCACUCUACUCUCUUUCUCCUUUUCUCUCUCCUGUUUAAAUUUUCCCUUAUUUUUUGGUUGCUUGUAUUUUCACACCAUGGGUCUCGUUGACUUGGGUUCAGCUAAAUUCCACUAUGGGUUUUCUCCCACCUUCACCAUUACCGUCUUCUUUGGAUAUGCGGUCGAAAUAGCAUGUUAGAGAGAGAGAGGGAGGAGUUGUAGGAGUCUUAAGAAGAGUUAGACUUGAUAAAGAUUGAAUUUUUUUUGUAGGAUAAUUUAAAAUAGGUAUGCAGUAGUUGUUCAAAGAUGCAGUCUUUUCUAGCUUUUCCGAUUUCUUGAUUCAUAGCCUUGUAUUUGUUGGAGGGUUCUUUUUAAUUUUAUUUUAGCUGCUAUGAACAGUGCAAGAUUUGAAAAUUUCGGGUAUUUGCAGUUGUGGGACACUCAAAUUAUUAGUAGAAAAAGUAGAUAGAGGUGAAUUUCAAAGGAAAAAAGCAAACUUGAUUAUUUUUGUGAAGUAGGCAGGCGACAGUCAAUAGCAAAAAGGGUAAAAAUGAUAACUCCAGGUAUAAAUUUAGUGAUGACAGUGAUUGGAUUUGGAUUGAGUAUUAUGUUCAUAGUGUUUGUGUGCACGAGGCUAAUUUGUGCUAGGAUACAAUUGAGUGCAUCACGCAGGUCUCUUGCCAGAGCUAAUAGAUCUGAUCUUAGCAAUUUGGAGAGGGGUUUACAUGGUCUCGAGCCUCUAGCGCUGGCCAACUUUCCUGUGAUGAAGUAUAGAGAGUUAUGCUUGUCCUCCAGAGAAAAUGCUUGCCAGAGAUGCACGGUAUGCCUGGCCGACUACCACGAGGAAGACAUGCUGUGCGUGCUGCCAGUGUGUGGGCAUUCAUUCCAUGCAACGUGCAUUGGGAUCUGGCUGCAGCAGCAAUCCACGUGUCCUGUUUGUCGGAUUUCUCUGCGCGAGCUUCCAGAGAGGAAGUGGUAUAUGCAGCCGAUGUUCAGCCAAGCAGUGCGGUCUCAGUACCGGAUGCAGUCAGUUAACGCGCACUAUUAUUGCCACUGCAUGGCAAACGGGAACAGGCCAAGAUCGAACGAGCAUGUUGAGGAGCCAUCGGAGGGUGGUGCAGUCCAUGCCGGGCACAGCAACUCGGGUAUUGCUCAUGAAAAGAAUCGAAAACCAGAGAGCCCGUCGUCAAACCAGUAGUGAGCCAGCUUGUUGGUGUUGGUUUUUUUUGUAAAUAUGGUGUUGGUUUUUUCUCCUCUUUUACCUUGUAUGAGGAUUUUUUUUACUUCAUUUGGAAAGCAAUGUGAUAGUAUAAGUUAGAGCGGUUAA